AUGGUGAAGCUGAAGUUGAAUUUCCACUCUACAGGUGACCAUAUUCAUGCAAUUUUAUCAACCAUUUAUCCGUAUUUUGAAAACCAUCUUGAUGAUCCAUCAUAUUUUCAAGAUAAGGCUAUUUUGGUCCUUACAAAUGAAGAAGUUGAUGCUGUCAAUGACUACAUUUUAGGACUAAUGAAAGACAAAAGGAAAAAUUAUCUGAGUUCAGAUUCUUUGUGUGAGACAGAAUCAAUGGAUUGUUUUGAGGAAUCAGUUUACUCUCUUGGUAUACCGAAUGCUUUUAAGGCAUAUGGAAUUCCAUACCAUAAACUUACACUAAAAACAGGUGUUCCGGUUAUGUUGAUUCGUAAUAUUGGCCAAACCAAAGGUCUAUGCAAUGGUACUGGAUUACGAAUAAUUAGGCUUGGAAAACAUGUCAUUGAGGCACUCAUUAUAGCUGGUAGAUUAUUCAAUGAGACUACUUAUAUACCUCACAAGAAGUUAACUCCGUCAAAAAAAGAAUCCCCUUCCGUUUAA